GUCCCGGCGAACAGGAACCUCGAAUCUUCACGCAUAUAUGUUAACACACAAGCCAUCAAAACUGAUGGCGCACCUAUUGACGAAACGACUACCAAAGAUCCGGCCACAUCCACUGAUGCCCCAACGACUACCAAGGAGCCUGUCACAUUCACGGAUGCCCCAACAACGAUCAAAGAUCCGGCCUCAUUCACUGAAGCCCCAACGACGACCAAAGAUCUGGCAUCAUCACGUGGAACAACAAAGUCAACCACGGGUUCGGACCAACCAACUGAUGCCUCCAGUAUUUCCAGUGCCUUGGUUUCAUCUAUGGUGCAAUCAUGCGUUAUGUCGCUUCUGAUCGCCUUUUAUAUUUAA